AUGGCGCAUGGAAACGAAAGACCCGCUAAGAAGCGCCGCUUCUUCGUCGACCAGUCUCCUGUCACAUCAAACGACACUUCACUACCCGACGAGCUCGAAGCGCUUCCCAAGACAAUCUCGGAUGUACAAAUAAAUGCUGGAGCAGAAGAUGUUGCCAAUGGAGAUAAAGGUCCCGAGGGCUUUGACCCAGACUUGUUCGCGUCUUUCGUCGGACAGGCAGUACCUGCGCCGACGUUACAAAGACUGCAAAAGCUGAGCGGGAAUGACAUACAACACGCUAUAAACAUUUUCCUGGACGGAUCAUGGGAAACUACUCCAGUUAAUACCGCACUCAAAUCCACAGGAACUCUCGAUGCCUUUGCGAAAUCUAGUAGAUCGCAUUCGGGCAGCGCAAGUGUUCCCCCGGCCGCUUCCACGCCACCCACACGACAAUUACCGCCCCGGACUUCCAUGCCUGAUAAGCGAUACAUAGGAGCAUUCGGCGUAGCUGGAUGGGCAACGAGGAGUGGCUUAGGCCUGAUCAAGUCCGGUGAUACAGUGGGUAUCGAGAGGACAAAAACACAGCCAGCUAUGACAACAUUUGGAAGAGGCGGAAAAGCAAGGAGUAUUCUCAACAAGCGCCAAGACAUUGUUGUCCGGUUCACCAACACUAGGGGAGAGGAAGUGGGUCGCCUGGAGAACGAGUCGGCUGCUUGGAUAUCGUCGUUGAUCGACCAGAAAGUCUGCAGUUUCGAGGGAACCUGUAUUUUCACUCCCGACAGGUUGCGGACCAACGACACGAUUUAUCUCCAGUUGCGCGCUUACCUUUUAAAGAAUGUGUUUGAAGCUGGGGGGUUCAUGAAGCCUCAAGACGCCAAUCGGCAAACUACCUUCUUCGAGGCGCAGGAGUCACUGGAGGAACGUAACUUGCGUCUUCGUCAAGUCGGGUUGGUCAAGUUGUUUGAUGAAAUCAACCUACAUCCGACUACAGCCAAUGUUACGACAGAGAAGCACAAACGACAAGGGUUGCUUCGAGCCGCUGAGAAUGCAGAGAAAAAUGAACAACAAGGACCUUCGAAAUCACAGAAAUCUCAAGAAGGAACCCCUUCGACGCCUCCCUCGGACGAAGCAGAAGAGGGACAAGAACUCGCUCAGGAUCAACUCGACUCGUUAUACAAAAAGGCGCAGUCGUUCGACUUUAACACACCCGAAGCGGAGCCAGCGGAGACUUUUGCCAUGGAUCUCCGGAAAUACCAAAAGCAAGCUCUUCAUUGGAUGAUGAACAAGGAAAAAGACGAAAAGUCUAAUCGAAGAGAACUGUCCAUGCAUCCGUUGUGGGAGGAAUACACAUGGCCAACCAAAGAUGUUGACGAUCAACCAUUGCCGGAGGUCACUGGACAGCCCAGCUUCUAUGUCAAUCCGUAUUCCGGAGAGAUGUCUUUAGACUUCCCUGUCCAGGAGCAAAAUUGUCUUGGUGGGAUUUUGGCAGAUGAAAUGGGGUUGGGCAAGACUAUCGAAAUGCUCAGCCUUAUCCAUUCGCACAAGGCAGAUACUUUGGCAGACUCAACGGCCAAUGGGUCUACAGUCAACGACCUGCCUCGUCUGCCAAAGUAUUCUACUUCCGUCGAGAAAGCUCCUCAUACGACGCUGGUAAUAGCGCCCAUGUCCUUAUUGGCACAAUGGCAAAGCGAAGCGGAAAAGGCCUCCAAGCCCGGGACCCUCAAAUCUAUGGUGUACUAUGGAUCUGAAAAGGCUGUCAAUCUCCAGAAGCUGUGCUGCGAAGCUAAUGCGACGAAUGCUCCAGACGUCAUCAUAACUUCUUAUGGUGUGGUGCUCUCAGAAUUUAACCAGGUCGCAUCUAUGGGCGGCAAUCGUGGCUCGCAUGGUGGUCUUUUCUCCGUGGACUACUUUCGCAUUAUCUUGGAUGAGGCUCACACUAUUAAGAAUAGGCAGUCGAAAACAGCGAAAGCUUGCUACGAACUUGCAGCGGAGCAUCGCUGGAUCUUGACUGGCACGCCGAUUGUCAAUCGCCUUGAAGACCUCUUCUCUCUUGUACACUUCUUGCGAGUAGAGCCGUGGUCCAACUUUUCGUUCUGGAAGACCUUCAUUACCGUUCCAUUUGAAUCAGGAGACUUCAUUCGUGCUCUCGACGUGGUCCAAACGGUCCUGGAACCGUUAGUCCUCCGCCGCACCAAGGAUAUGAAGACACCUGACGGUGAAGCGCUCGUGCCACUACCACCGCGAAAGAUUGACAUUGAACUGCUCGAGCUGUCUCAAGCGGAGCGCGAGGUGUACGAUUACAUCUUCACAAAGGCCAAGCAGGCAUUUACAUCAAAUGUCGAGGCAGGCACGCUGAUGAAAUCUUACACCACCAUCUUCGCGCAGAUCCUGCGCCUCCGCCAGAGCUGCUGUCAUCCCGUACUCACGCGGAACAAGGCCAUAGUGACUGAGGAAGAGGACGCCGCCAACGCGGCAGACAUUGCCAACGGACUUGCCGACGACAUGGACCUAGACGCACUGAUCCAGCGAUUCGAAGCAGAAGACGAGAACGGAGAGCAAGACGUCAACAGAUUCGGCGCGCACGUCCUGAAGCAAAUCCAGGCAGAACAGCACUCGGAGUGUCCCAUCUGCACCGAAGAGCCCAUGGAAGACCAAGCCGUGACGGGCUGCUGGCACUCGGCCUGCAAGCAGUGCUUGCUAGACUACAUCGAGCACCAACGCGACAAAAACGAAAUCCCACGCUGCUUCAACUGCCGCGAGCCCAUCAACGCGCGUGACGUCUUCGUCGUCGUGCGCCACGACCCCGAGCCCGCGCAGCCUGAACCAGACAGCGAGAACCUGUACACCUGCACGCAACAGGAGCCAAGCGGCACGCAGACGCCGCGCAUCUCGCUGCGGCGGGUUAACAGCGCCGCCAGCGCCAAGAUCGAAGCACUAGUCUCGAAGCUCACGAAACUGCGCCGCGCGGAACCAUUCACCAAAUCGGUAGUCUUCAGCCAAUUCACGAGCUUCCUGGACCUAAUCCAAGGCGCACUAGGGCGGGAAAGCCUGCCCAUUGUGCGCUUCGACGGCAGCAUGACGCAAAAAGCGCGAGCGGCCGCAUUGGCCGAAUUCCGCAACGCGCCGCGGGGCGUGGUGCUGCUGCUGAGCCUGCGCGCCGGCGGUGUAGGGCUGAAUCUCACGGCCGCGCGCCGCGUCUUCAUGAUGGAUCCGUGGUGGAGCUAUGCGGUGGAGGCGCAGGCCAUCGACCGCGUGCACCGCAUGGGCCAGGUGGAGGAUGUGCUGGUCACGCGCUUCAUCGUCAGUGGCAGUAUUGAGGAGAAGAUGCUGAAGAUCCAGGAGCGCAAGAAGUUCUUGGCCAGUAGUUUGGGCAUGAUGAGUGACGAGGAGAAGAAGGUGCAGCGCAUUGAGGAUAUUAGGGAGUUGUUGAGUUAGAGCCCGAGGCUGAGGGCGUGUGCCUGGGUGCUUAGUUGCUUGCUUGCUUGUUGCUUGUUUUUGAGGAGUAUGGGUGCAUGCGUGGGUGCCUAGAAGCGCCGUUACAUGUUUACAUAGGACAUUGAACAAGACAGUAUCUCCACACACUAUAUCAUAAUACAGAC